AUGUCUAUGCUGGAGUCUCCCACCGGCGCCUCAACAAAUAUUCGGGAUGCUGUUGCGACGGUGAGCUUGAACCUUCACAGCUACUCUCUCGUACAUUUCCUGACGGCAAUAGUCUGGUCGCAUCUCUACAGUUUCUCCUUCGAACAGAACCCAGACUGGACACGAGAGUACCCUGGACAAGAGGAGAUCCUAGAGUAUCUGAUGGGGAUUGCUCAAAAAUACGAACUGUACCCCUACACUCGCUUCAACACUGCCGUCGACGCUGCUUUUUGGGAAAAUGCAGCGAAGAAGUGGAAGACCACUGUAUCCAUUCAAGGAGGCAAAGACGCCGAAUUUGGCCGUUCGUAUACCGUCACGUCGGAUUUCCCUGUCUCUGGCGUUGGACAACUAAACGUGCCGAAUCUACCAGACAUCCUAGCCCUGGAUGAAUUCCGAGGCAAGCUCAUGCACAGCGCCCGCUGCGAUUGGAGUUAUUACCAAAGAUUUCCGAAUUGGGCCAUCCCGCGUCUUGAUGCUCCUAUUCCGUCAUGGAAGAGGUCUCUGUACCGAUAUGUCCAAUGA